UACUACUAGCUACAAAGUUAGCUUGCUUCUAGUUGGCUUUCUAGAGCUAGCAUAAUCUCGAAUUCACAGGUCGUUACUUUACCGCUAGCUGGCUACUCCAGCUAACGUGUGAUCGAAGUUAGUGGAUGUCAGUGGAUGCGUGAAUAACUCAUAAUCCCUCUAAUUCUUCAUACAAGGUUGUUUAGUCAUGACGAGGUGGGCCCGUGCUAACAACGUUCACAAACACAAGCCGGCGGACGCCACUCCUUGGAGUCAGCUGCGAGGGCGUGGAGGACGAACAGAAACAGGAGGGCACGGACGAGGAAGGGGACAACCUGGCUCUUGGGCGUCAGGUGGAGCUGGACGUGGACCUCCGAGUUGGGGCAGAGGUGGUGGAGGAGCUGACCAUCUGAGAAGACCCCACCCGGGUGGCGCAGGAGUGAAGAAACCUAACCGCCCGAAGAAGGAAUAUGACAACGUUGACGUUAACGGGUUUCUGGACUUCCUCCAGCAGAGCGGAAAGACCUUACCUGCUGGUGGCAGUGGACGGACGCAGCAUGGGGAGGAGCGAGAGUUCAGGGAAGAGGUAGAGACUGCCCUUUGGAAAGAUAGAAGAAGAGAAGACAGGAGGAUAAAGAGGCAAAACGAUAAAAAGAGCAAUAUGCUCUGUUUUAAUUGCAGGAAACCUGGUCAUGGAUUGGCUGACUGUCCGGAGGCGGAGCGUGAUGAGGAGAUGGGGAGGGACAUAUGUUACCGCUGCGGGUCAACCGAGCAUGAGAUCCAGCGAUGCAGGGCUAAGAUUGACCCUGCCCUGGGCGAAUACCCGUAUGCUAAGUGUUUCAUCUGUGGUAAAAUGGGUCACUUGUCACGCUCCUGUUCAGACAACCCCAAAGGACUUUAUGCUGCAGGAGGUAGUUGCCGCGUGUGUGGUUCAGUGGAACACUUCCAGAAGGACUGCCCCGAGCAUCAGGCCGCGACCAACUCGGUGACGGUGGGCUGGCUGUCCAACAACAUGAGCGCCGAUCACGAAGAAAUCCACGUGCCUGUGAAGAAAGCCCCGGUCAAACAGCCCAAAGUGGUGGUCUUUUGAGACGUCUCAUUGGUCGAGGCUACAGACUACGUUACCCGAUUAGCAUAUCCGGAUCUUGGAUUCGCCAAACUCUGUUCUGAAAGGACUUUACGAGGGUGGAGGGGGGGAGCUCCUAUCUGUUGCCUCAAAUACAGGAUGCGGUCAGCCUGAUGUGCUCUCUCUCUCUGGUUCUAAUUCAUAAUAGCCCAGAGCACAUCGAACUCCUGUCCACUGUACAGACAUUGCUUAGUCUACUUUGGACACCAUUUAAGAGAACGAGGAAAUUCGUGUUCAAGGGGGGUUUAUUGAGGGAGGUGUAUUAAAAUGCUAUUCUGAUUUAAUAA